AUCCAGUACGCGAGCCAGUAGCGUAGCCCGUAAGCUACCCAUUUCCAGUACGGGAGCACGUAAGACUGCUAGUAUAGGAGCACAUAAGCAAUCUCGUAAGAAAAAACGUAUCGUCUGCGGCAGGCUUAAGUCGACUUUUUUCAGUCAAUUAUUUGCCGACUAUUGCAGUCGACUUGAUGCUGACUAUUGCAGCCAGCUAUUGCAGUCCUGCAGUCUAUAACCUAUAUAUUCCUUGUUUUUAUUAUUCUUAUUCCAUUCCGAUGCCAAAGGCUUUUCAAGAGUUAUCUAGACGGCAAAAAAAUCGCCGUCUUUGUGCAUACGCGAGAGAAGACAGUACUGACACAUCUGAAAAUAAAAAUUCGGACACUAUUAACGCCAAUGAAAAAUGCAAUUUGACAAAAUCAUAUGAAGAGCUCUCAGUAGUACCUGAUGAUGAGACUAUUCAUGAUGUUAACGAUUACAAUAUAUUACCUGAGGAGAAAUGGAUUGAUGAGGAGGAUGAUUACAUUUGUAUUGUAGAAACUGUUAUGAAGAAUAGCGAGGCGACUAUCAGCGAGAUAGAAUUAUUGAUGCAAGAUUGGCUACGACGAGCUGGUGACUGAUUGCGUUUGUUACUUGCACAAAAAUAAAUAUAUUUUAUAUAUAUAAUAAUUA